AUGUGUGAUUAAUUGAUUUUUUUUCUUUUUUAGGGUGAAAGUGGUACAGCUACCACAUAUGUUAGCCGAAAACAAGCGUUGCGGAAACUCCAGUUGUCUCUAAAAGAUUUUCGGCGACUCUGUAUAUUAAAAGGUAUUUAUCCAGUGGAGCCACGUCACAAGAAGAAAGCAAAUAAGAAUAAUUCUUCAAUUCAAACAUAUUAUUAUUUGAAAGAUAUUCAGUUUUUAGCACAUGAACCACUGAUCAAUAAAUUUCGCUCAUUUAAGGUUUUUAUUAAGCGUUUAAAAAAAGCAAUUGGGAAAAAGGAUCAGGAAGCCAGCUCACGAUUGAGGGCCAACCAGCCUUCUUUUAAACUUGAUCACAUAGUAAAAGAAAGGUAUCCUACUUUUGUUGAUGCCCUUAGAGACCUAGAUGAUGCAGUUUCUAUAUGCUUUCUCUUUAGCACGUUUCCAAAAACUAGAAAUGUUAAGCCUGAGCUUAUACAAUUAUGCAGAAGAUUGACAGUGGAAUUUCUUCAUUACAUUGUGGAAACAAGAUCUUUGAGGAAAGUGUUUAUCUCUAUCAAAGGCAUUUAUUAUCAAGCUGAAAUAAUGGGUCAACUCAUAACUUGGAUUGUACCACAUGCUUUAGGUUAUGCUAAACCUCCAGAUGUUGAUUUUAAAAUAAUGGUAACAUUUGCACAGUUCUACAGCACGAUGUUGGGCUUUAUCAACUACAAAUUAUACAAUUCCAUAAACAUGAUAUAUCCUCCCAAGGGUGCUGUGCAAAAGCUGGCUGGAAGACAUACUCAGUUACUGGAAAAUGCUACUUGCAAUUGCAGCAGGAAAAAGGGGAUACUGCACUUACUGGAAUAUAAUGUCCUUGACACAGUGACAUUCAUGCAAGACAAGGCACCUCCUCAUAUUACAGCUGAAAUGAAGCUAGCAAUGGAAAAUAUCCCAAAUAAGGAAUUGUUAGAAGGGGAAGAUGACUAUACAGAGUUUUUUGCUGCUUUGAACUUGAACUUAAAAUCUUCUGUAGAAGGUAGCACAGAGGAAGAAGUUCCAUUAGAUGAAUUUCCUGAAACUGAUGAUACAGAUGAAAUAAGAGACCAUAAAGCAAAUGAAGAAAAAAUAAAAAAGCUGAAAAAUUUAUUCUCUGGGUGUAAAAUAUUUUUAAAUCGUGAAGUACCUAAAGAAUCUUUAGUAUUUAUUAUAAGAUGUUUUGGUGGAGAAGUGUCAUUUGAUAAAACACUUUUUGUUGGAGCUACGUUUGAUGAAUCAGAUGAAUCAAUAACACAUCACAUUAUUGAUCGGCCAACUUUAACAAAGCAGUAUGCAAACAGGAUUUAUGUUCAACCUCAGUGGGUGUACGAUAGUGUAAAUGCGAGAAUGUUACUUCCUGUUGAAUUAUAUUUCCCUGGUGAAGUGCUUCCUCCUCAUUUGUCUCCUUUUGUAGAAGAAAAAGAAGGAGAUUAUGUGCCCCCUGAGAAAAAAGCUCUCGUUGAUCUACAAAAUGGAAUAAUCAAAGGUAUACGGCGACCUAUAGAAUCAUCUGAUGAAGAAUUAUCCGGAAAUGAUAGUUCUGAUGAAGAAAAAGAAGAUAAAGAAACUGAUAAUGAAAAGAAGAGGAAACUUGAAAAUGCUAAAACAGAAGGACAGAAGAAAAUGAAAGUCACUGAAGGUAUACCAGCUAAAGAAGAUCCUCUAAAACUUGCAGAAAAAGAAGCUGCUGAAGAAAAAAGAUUAGCCAUCAUGAUGAUGCCAAAGAAGACAAAACGAUUAUAUAAUAAAAUUGUAUAUGGUCAAAGACGAAAGAACAGAGAGGCUCAAAAACUGAAAGAAAAACGUGAAGAAUAUGAAAAGGAAAUGAAGAAACAAAAAAGACAAAUACUUAGUGCAUCUUAGAAUUGCAUUCAAUAACUUUCCUGCAUUGUAUAUAUUGCAUAUAAGAUACAUAAAGAUAGAUUGUGAAAUACAUUCUAUAAAUAUAUUGAUUUUUAUUAUGAA